CAAUAGGCGGAAGGAGGCGGGGAUUAACCGGCCAAUGGGCGCCAGGGGGCGGGGCUCGUCCCGCCAGGCCGGCGCGGCUCAAUGGGGCGCUGUGGAAAGCUGCGGCCCAGAUUCUUGCUUCGCGGAGCGUAUCCCCUCCCACCCCCCGACAUUCACCAGUUAAACUGGGAUCGAAACAGGACAAGGCCAGCCCCUCCUGGUCCUACAAAAGGGAUCCCCUGCUGACGCUGCCCUCGCGGGAAAGAUGGGAAAGGGCUACAAGGUGGUGGUUUGUGGAAUGGCCUCAGUGGGAAAGACUGCGAUUUUGGAGCAGCUUCUCUAUGGAAAGCAUACUGUUGGGUUAGAAGAGGCUGCCACAGUGGAAGAUGUGUAUUUGGCGUCGGUGGAGACAGACCGAGGCGUGAAGGAACAGUUACGGCUUUAUGACACCAGGGGUCUGCAGGAGGGCGUAGAAUUGCCAAAACACUAUUUCUCUGUCGCUGAUGGCUUCGUUCUCGUGUACGCAGUGACCAGCCUCGAAGCUUUUCAAAGAGUUGAACUGCUCAAAAAGGAGAUUGACGUCUUCAGAGACAAAAAGGAGGUAACAGUCAUUGUCUUGGGAAACAAAACUGACCUCCUGGAUCAAAGGCAAGUGGAAACCGAAGCAGCACAGCAAUGGGCAAGGGCCGAGAAAGUGAGACUGUGGGAAGUGACUGUGACAGAUCGAAAAACACUGCUUGAGCCCUUCACCUUCUUAGCGAGCAAACUCUCCCAGUCCCAGAACAAAUCAACAUUUCCCUUGCCUGGAAGGAAGAGCAAAGGGAAUAACUGCGAUAACUAAGUUACCUUAGUAUUGUCUGCUGCUGGCCAGGUCACAACCGAAGUCCUUUCCGUGCCAUUUGCUUCUCACAGUUUCACUUAAAGCAAUAAUCUCAUUCAGCAAUAAAAUCAGCAAGCUUAUGGCUAAGAUGUAUCCUUCCUUCUCACAGGCUUGGCUUGAAAAAGUCACUGAUGGUAGAAGCCUUAAAAAGCACUUAUCGAGAGGAGUUAUCUUGCAACAAGGGUUAUGGAGGAGGGAGGGACAGGUGGACACCUCUGUCAGAGGCUUUGACUAUGCCUGGACACAACCGUGUUGAGGGACAAAUCAACAAGCUUAGCGUUAAGCAGCCCCCCUGCAGAUCUAUAGCACUAGGCACAAACAGUACUAGCUGCAAUAAAGCAUUAAAUGUGGAGAGAGAGAAUGUGUUUGAAUUGGCAACAGUCCUUUUACCUUGACCUUAAAAGGGCCACAGGGCUUUUUGAUGCUACAGGAGGCUGAGGUCAGCGUGUUGUUGCAGGAGCAGGGUUUGGGGCAGGAGGAACAACUACCAGCAGAUUCAGCUGCUGAAGUUCUGCUAGCGUCUGGAAGAAAGAAUGAAAAAAAAAAAAAAAAAAAAGAAGAAGAAAAAAAACCCUAAAUCUUGUGGGAUACCAGAACAGAUGGUGAACUCAAGGUGAGGCCCCACCUUGAGUACUGUGUCCAGUUUUGGGCCCCUCACCACAAAAAAAGACAUUGAGGUCCUAGAGUGUAUCCAGAGAAGGGCAAUGAAGCUGGUGAAGGAUCUAGAGCAUGAGUCUUAUGAGGAGCGGCUGAGGGAACUGGGGAUGUUUAGCCUGGAGAAAAGGAGGCUGAGGGGAGACCUUAUCGCUCCCUUACAAGUAACCUGAAAGGAGGCUGUAGCCAGGUGGGGGUCGGUCUCUUCUCCCAAGUAACAGGUGAUAGGACAAGAGGGAAUGGCCUCCAGUUGCAGCAUGGGAGGUUUAGACUGGAUAUUAGGAAAAAUUCUUCACUGAAAGGGUUAUUAAGCAUUGGAACAGGCUGCCCAGGGAAGUGGUUGAGGCAUCAUCCCUGGAGCUAUUUAAAAGACGGGUAGACAUAGCGCAUAGAGAUAGGGUUUAGUGUGGGUUUUGUCAGUGUUAGGUUGAUGACUGGACUCAAUGAUUUGAAAGGUCCCUUCCAACCUAGGCAAUUCUACGAUUCUAGAUCUACCCCGACAUGAAGGUUAUCAGCAAAGUCUGGCAAAUAGUGCUUUCAGCUCAGGGAUUUAUUUGGACAAACCAGAAAAGCUCUCAGAGCACUCAUUAAUUUAACUGCGACCUGAAGGACAACAUAGCUGUAGCUGCGUUUGUUCCAGCAUGUCCAGUACAAAUCAGUCCCAUUCACAUAGGUGAUAAUUUUACCAAGGAAUUAUAUGGAACAGCUUUGUACGCAGGAGGUAGCGCCCAGGCUCUGCUUAGUGCAUUGCCUAAUACUCCUACCCGGCUGUACAGCCCCGCUGCACCGAUCCACCCUCGGUACAAAGCUACAGGCC